CCCUGCGCGGCGCACCGUGACCGUCACUUGUUCUCCUUCGCCCUGGGAUUUUCAGUAAUGGCGGCCGCACCAGACAGAUCCGAGGGCGUGAAUGCCGACCAUGGACCCCACAGCAAGGCGAGAAAGGGUAAGAAGAUGAACAAGAAUAAGGAGAAUAAGGAAAAAGAUUUAGCCAUUGUGAAUGGAGAAUCGGAGCCCAGUACCAGCGGCCUUGUUCAGACGGAAGGGCUAGGUAUGAAUGCGCAUGUCCCACCUCGUCUCAUUCCGGAGGUGGAGAGGUACAUGCGGAAGAUGCAACUGCAGAAUCAAAAGGAAUACCACUUUUGGAAUACUCAGCCAGUCCCAAAGAUCAAUGAAGAAGUAGGAGAAAAUGUGAAUGAGGCAAUUGAGCCAGACAAGAAGAUCGAAGACAUCAAGCAGGAACCUUACAAUUUACCUGAUGGGUUCAAGUGGGAUACGCUAGACCUGACCAAUGAAGAUGUGUUACAAAACUUAUACAACCUGUUAAAUGAAAACUAUGUGGAGGAUGAUGAUAACAUGUUCCGGUUUGACUACAGUAAAGAGUUCCUGCGAUGGGCUCUGAUGCCACCCAGUUGGAAGCCUCAGUGGCAUGUUGGUGUGCGGGUUACCAAAAGCAAUAGAUUAGUAGGUUUCAUCUCUGCCGUUCCAGCCCAUAUCAGGAUAUAUGACCAUACACAAGCAAUGGUAGAAAUUAACUUCCUGUGUGUGCACAAAAAGCUUCGAGCCAAGCGUCUAGCACCUGUAUUGAUUAAGGAAAUUACCAGAAGGGUCAACUUAACUGGAAUAUUCCAGGCUGUUUAUACUGCUGGUGUAACACUGCCAAAGCCAGUUGCAUCCUGUCGCUACUGGCAUCGUUCCCUCAAUCCAAAGAAGCUCAUUGAUGUCAAGUUCUCCCACUUGGGUAAGAACAUGACCAUGCAACGGACACUAAAGCUGUACCGGCUGCCAACAGAAACUGCAACAACAGGGUUUCGCAGACUGAAAAUGGAGGACGUAGAUCAGGCCCACACUUUGUUAGAGACUUACCUGAAGAAGUUUGAUCUGGCACCAGUGUUCAGCAGAGAAGAAUUUUUGCAUUGGUUCCUCCCACAGGAUAACAUUAUUGAUAGCUACAUAGUUGAGAAUAAUGGAAAGAUUUCAGAUUUCAUGAGUUACUACACUCUCCCCUCAACGGUAAUGCACCAUCCUACAUACAAGACCCUAAAGGCAGCAUACUCCUUCUACAAUGUUUCAACAGCAACACCAUGGAAGAUACUGAUGAAAGAUGUACUCAUUACAGCAAAGAAUUCUGAAUUUGAUGUAUUCAAUGCACUGGAUCUGAUGGAAAAUUCUCAGUUCCUUGAUGAACUCAAAUUUGGCCAAGGUGAUGGUAAUCUGCAGUAUUACCUCUACAACUGGCGGUGCCCAAACAUGACUCCCCAGAAGGUUGGACUGGUGUUGCAAUAGUCAAAGCAGAUUUAGUAUAAAGCAAUGUCUAUUCCAUCUUGUGAAAUGUGAUGGAGUUCCUAGUUUGAGACUGCUUCAAUUCUGCUCAGUAUUUGGCUCCAGGUUUCAUAUUCCAUUGUAAGGAAAACAUACAUAAAGAUAACAAGAACAAAGAAAAUGUAUUUAUAUUCUCUGAAGUGAGCUGCAGUUAAAUUGUGUACAGGUUUCAAGGUCUAUAUACAGUAUAAAUAAAGAAAAAAAAUGAUUAUAAUUACCACCCUUGGGCAGUCACUUUACCGUUGCCUCCACUAGCACAAUCCUAGGGUCACUGAGGUUAAAUUUGGAAUAUAAGAUGAGUAUUGAACUGUUGGAUUGCCUGUUACAAACCUAUUAAAUGUAUGCUCUAUGUAUUGCUAAGAUGCAAGUUAUUUCUACGUAUAUAUGUAUUUUUCUCUCUUUUUCCCCCCCCCCUUUCUUUUUCAAUUUUGGAAGAAAAAGAAAAUGAAUGGGAGACGACUUGUUUACACCCAAUAAAAAUUAAAAUGUUAUACUAUUAGUCCAUCUGUCAUAAAAAAAUUUUUUGGGAGAAUUAUGAAUUCAGUAGAUAUUUCACCACUCAUCAAGUGAAGAAAAUGCUGGGACAGUUUUGUCCCUUGGCAGAAAAACUAAACUACAUGAAGCAAAAAAAAACACAGGCAUCAUGAGAAUUAUGGUUAACCUCAUUUGUGUGAAUUGUAUAAUGUAAAAACUAUCAAGCUAUUCCAUCUCUCUCUGUUGAUCUGUUUUUCUAUCUGUUUAUCCAUUUCUGACUUUUCUUCCUAUAUUUCUCUUUGUAAUGUCUGGCUGUCUGUAUAUCUAUUUGCCUAUUUAUCUGAGUAUCUGUCUAUCUAUCCGUCCAUCUAUAGAUAGUUAGAUACGUAGAUAGAUAUGAAUAUAGCCAUAGAUAUACAUGUAUAUAAGAUAUGCACACAUUCUCAAAGAUGGAGUGAACUUCACAUGGUGAUUUAUGUAUUGCAAUCCAGGGGUCAGAAAAUCUUGGUUGUCAAUCCAGUGACUUCUGACCACGCCACCAAACACUAGUCUAAGGCAGAGUUAUAAACCAUGUCACUUAUUUACUGUGAUAUCAUUUGCUUGGGUAGAGGCGGUAUAGAAUUGUCAAUGUUAUUGGAUUUUGUUUAAUAUAUGGAAUUGUUGAAGAGGGUCGU